UCUACUUUCAGAUUUAAUGAUGGAAAGUGACAUAAAGAAAGAAACAGAAAUAAAUGGUGAUAGGCCCAGUUACUCUGAUGAAGAAUGUAUAGAAAAGAAUGAUGACAUGAAAAUGUCUGAAAAUGGCGGUAGUAUUAAAGAUGAGUUGAUGAAUACAAAUGAUUCAAAUGACAGUGAGACAGAAACUAACGAAGAUACUGAGAUUGAUAUUAAAGAAGAGCCGAUCAAUUUUAGCAAGGACGAUCUUAUAAAUACUGUUAAGGACAGUUUAAUGAACAAUCUAAACGAUGGUUGUCCGUUGACGAAUAGGUUAGAAGACGACAUGCAGACGAGUAGAAAGGACGAGGAUGUGGAGGUAAAUGAACUUGAAAGGAGAAUAAAAGAAGAGAAAGGAAGUGCGACUGAAUUUGGAGGGAAAGGGAAAGGAGAGUUAGAACCUAUGGAUGGUAUCAACUAUAAAGCAGAGAACAUUGAUGAAUCCGAGGACAUUGAGAUCAUAGAUAGGGAACAGGUUCCACAACAGAGAUUAGAAAGGGCAUUAUUUGACUAUCAAGCAGCAAUUGCAGGGAAAUCUGAUUGUCCCUACUGUACAGCUUCUUUCAGUAAUAAGAUAUCUUUCAAAAGUCAUCUGUUAUCCGAGCAUCUAUCCCAGAUUGGACCUUGUAAACUUUGUAAAGUAUCAUGUGGAGCUAUACACCUUCAAAUUGAUCAUAUAGUGUUUUGCCGGGAUGUGACGAGUGACAUUCCAAAAGCCGAUCAUGGUGGUAAUUUCCUUAGUGUAGGGGGAGGCAACUAUAUGUGUCAGGUUUGUGGAUAUACGAGUUCCUUUCAGCAGGUGACAACACACUCUACACAGGUGCGGUGCAAGGGAACAAAGUGCAGUAGAUGUGAAUUAAGUAUUUGGGUAACUAAGUUAUCAGAACACUACAGACAGGUUCAUAAUUGUACACCUCCGAAUCCUUUCAUCUGCAAUCAAGAUGGAUGUGGCAAAGGGUUUGGAAGCAAUAUUGCGCUUGAAAUCCAUAAAAUCCAAAUUCACGGAGUUGCUGCUGAGACGAAGAGUCUGAAAGAACUCCCUGCCACUGAGAUUGAUGCGAGUAAAAUGAACAGCACAGCCGGACUCAUCCAUCAGUGUAAAAUCUGUGAUGCUAAGUUCUGGGGGCCGAACCAGCUCAAUAACCAUAUUAGGAGGGAUCACAAUGGAGAUUCUAUAUUUCCUGGAAACAAAUACGUCAGUAAAACUCCAGAUGAUUUUGUGUGUAAAUGUUCUCUUUGUACCUUUAUAACAAGAACUAUGGAGGAUUGUUUUGCUCAUGGUAGAACAGAGCACCCACAGGCAAUUGAGAGCCGUUCCUUUAGAGUUCUUUACGGGUGUGCUCAGUGUGAAAAAUGGUAUCCGACACUUAGAAUGUACAGAGACCAUAAGUGGUCAGAGCAUUUUGACUCUGUCACUAAAACUUCAAGACAACCUGGAAACUCCUUCCAAAAUAGUAGCAGCUCUCUUUCUCAUAACAGCAACUCCUUUUCUCAUAGCAGCAACUCCUUUUCUCAUAGCAGCAGCCCUUUUCCAACUGGUAACUCCUUACCAUCAAGUAUUCCUUUGCCUUCCAGCCGCUCCUUGCUCCUCGGCCGCUCCUCACCGCAUGGACGUUCCUUACUACAUAACCACUCCUUGCCACCCAAUCGCUUUCUGCCCACUGCUUCAAGUGGAAUGGAAACUGUGUUAAAGAAUCCGUCUGAACUCCAUGCAGAGGAAAUUUUGUUAGAUCUACAGAAAAGAGGGAUUUCAGCUUCAGUCUCUAUAUCAAAAUCCAGUCGUUCCAAUCAGCUGGAUUUCGGGGCCCAGGGGGGUUACAGAGCUAACUAUAGAGAGGAGCAGAAGAGCAGUGGGGGUAAGGGGAAAGUUGUUAAAUGCGCAAUAUGUUAUGAAACUAUUUAUGGAGACAUUGCUGACCAUCUAAAUGUUCACAGGGUACAGAUUAAUGGCCAAGAUGUUUACAAAUGUCACUUUUGUCUAAUGGUGGCUAAAAAACUGAAAACCCUUCUCUCCCACGUCAAGACUGAACAUGUGACUGAGUACAAGCAGAAGACGACAUCUAGGCUCAAGUCCUCACCGAUAGACCUCACAGACACAAGAGACCUGACUGAAUGUGAUACUCCUGAACCCCUGGCUGGCCCCCCUCCUCCUCCUCCUGCACGAUCACCUGAAAUUAUAGAGAUUGAUUCUGAUACAGAUUUUCCUGAAACUGACCUGGCACAACGAAACAACUGUGAUAAUUAUUCAAGAAAUGUAUACAACGAUCUGUCGUCAGAUUACUCGUACCACUCACCAAUAAACCAACCAGUUGUUUCACCAACUAAAUAUCCAGAUUCACCAAAGGUUGUGCGGAAUAAGGCAGCUAUAGGAAGUGAUGACGAGGGCUCUGAUACUUCUGCGGAGGGUUCAGAUCAGGAGAGUGAGGAUGAGAUGGUGAACCUGCUGACUAAGGACGGGAAGAAGAAGAAGUCCAACGUGUUCCACUGUUGGGUUUGUGACAGAAACUUUAACAAGCAGAGCACUUUCUACUCACACAUUCAAGGACUCUACUCAGCAGAACCUAAGUCAUCAAUGAAGAAGAAACCUGAGCUACACUGUAACAAAUGUCCGUUCAAAGUUGCAAACGUGAAGAAGUUUGAUCUUCAUCUUCAAGAAGUUCAUAAAGUAAUGGUGAAGACGUGUUUGACCUGUCCUGAGUUUAAAACAAGUUUAUCCUACGUAUUCGGACACCAUUUCAAGUUCAGCAAACUCAGCCAUAAACUCAAGAAUAAUAGGGUUGAGUGUAUGUUCUGUGGGUUAGAGCUGGCUCAGCUCAAGAGUAUGAAGGGUCAUCUCUUCUCCAGGCACAACGUGAGACCCAAGAACCUCGACGAUUUAGUCUUCUUUGUCAAAAAUACUUGAAUUGUCUGGUUGGAUCCAGUCUAGAUCAGAUGUGUCAGGUCUAGAUUAGCUGAAUCCGGUUUGGACCUACAUGUACAGUGUACGGACACUGUACAUAAGAUACAGGACUCAAAAUAAGAUCAUUAUAAACACCUAAUAUUCUUGUAAUACAAAAUCAAGACCUAUGAAUUAUUUUUUCUGUUCCAAAUUAUAUUGUAAUUACAGUGUAUAGUUGCACUCAAGGGCAAAUCUUUUCCUGGGUUAGGUAACAGAAUUAUGAGAUAAUAUAACGUAAAUUCAAUCAGGCUCUUUAUCUAUGUUAUGUUUUAAAGUUAAAGAAAAAAAAAUGGAAAAAGCAGCAAUCCUUGACAAUUACUAAAAUGAAUUAUACUAAAAGUACAUUUCAGGAAAUAUGUUUGUUUUUAUCAUGUUUUGUUUCACUAUGCAGUACACUUGUCCAAGAUGCAGGACGCACAUUAAAGUUGUUUUUUAACA